AUGGGGCGUCGGCGCAGCGCCUGGGGCGCCUGGGCAGCGGGGCUCGCGGCGUUGGGUCAGGAGGCCUUUGUUGGAAGGCAUCUGCCAGGGCGCGCGGUGAUCCCGCAGAGGCGGCGCUGCAGGACCUGCACAUUGUCGCAAGACGAGCUUUGGGGCAGCUGGAAUGCGAACAUUUCAGCCUACGGCGCCGAUGCGCCUCGCGGCUUUGCAGAGAUGGCGAUCAUCCAGGAGAUCUUUGAGCGCUGGGAUAGGGAUGGCAGCGGGGAGCUUUCAUUGGAAGAGUUCCGUGACGGCUUGCGCCGUGAAGGCUCAGCGCUGAUAGCAGCAAGGCCUACCAGUUCCAGGCCAUCAUUCAGGGAGUCUUUGCUGGAGCCGAUUGGCGGUUUCUUCCACCACACCUGGCACUCGGUGUCCAGCGGCGUAAGCGCUGCCGGUGCAGGGUUGGCAGGGUACAGUACAGGCUUCUGGGAUGCUGCCGUGCAUCGCGUUACAUGCUGGUCCAACGGCUGCCGGGUUGCCUGGAACGAUGGGGCGCGGUUCGUCGGCUCCGCCCCAGGGGCAGUGGGCCAGGCGAUCUUGAACGGGGAGGGCCGCUUCGUCUACAACUUGUUCUCUCGGCAGCUGGCGGUCUUUGUGCCAGACUUUUGGGACUCCACACACAUCGAGGCCGACAUCUUCUUGCAGCGGUCCUUCUGGCUGCGGAAUCUUUCGGUAAGCCCUGCUGCCGCUUCCCUUUUGAUUGCACUUGCCCCGCCGGGGCUCAAUUUCACAAAGUUCUGGAUUAGCGAUGUCAAGGUGUCCUGGAACAACCUGAUGGCUCUUGACUCAAGCCCAAUUGUGGUCGAAAUCGAUUCCGUUUGGGCGGAGGUCGCAGAGCAACCGGCGGGCAGUGAGGAGGAGGUUGAAGAUCUCAUCUCCAGAUGGCUGGAUGUGGUGGGCGGGGUCCAACCCGAUCCAUUUCAAGGCAAGUAUCCCCUCUUGGACGCGGCUACAUUUCGGGUGCGGCAUGUCGAUCUGCUCAUCGACAGCCCCACGAGGUAUGGGCAAGUGGAUGUCUCUCUGAGAGGUCUCGAGGCCAAGGCCGUGAACAACGAAGGUCGGCAAGAAGACCUGAUGACAAUGCUGGAGGACGGAAAGAACGGACGCGCAGGGAGCGUGAGCAUGUCCCGGCUCGUGGAGUGCAGCCAAGCCUCUGCCCGAUACCGCUGGCCUCCAGGCCAUGUUUCCAACGACUUCUCGGCAGACUACUUGUUGGAACCGACUCCUUUGAGCCUUCUCCUGCGCCAAAUCAAGAAUGUUUCAGAUUUGCGGCAAAUUCUCCACCAGUGCUACACCGUGACGCUCCCGAGUGGUGCCAUGUUCCUUCGCGCCCCCUUCGGUGAAGAUGCUCCUCCGAUACCACCGCCAGAUCCGCGCCUGAGCCCUUUCGAGGGGCCCACCCCAGAGUGGCGGAUCCACGUGGCCAGCCACGACCAGUCAGACUGGAUUUUUUCAGCUUGGAUGAGCCAACCCGCCGCCAAGACGGUGGCUGUCGCGGGCAUGGGGAUCGGAAUGGUAGUGUUUACCUUUUUCCUCCUCUGCGUGGCCAGCAACUGCUUCAUAGCCGUGAGGCCUCGGCCAUGGCUACGCAGAUUCCUCUGGAGAAUGACAUCUCUGAACCUGCUUCCCUGGCUCUGA